AUGAUUCCUCUACACGCGAUCCUUCGCCUCGCAGCGGCAGGAACCUUUGUCCUCUGGCUCACAUGGACCGCAUCUGCCCAGUCCAGCCCAAUGAUGGUAUACAACAUGGCCUACGCGACCGUCAACGAAUCCACCCUCUACAUCCACGGCGGCUUUAACGGGACAAACCCCAACUACAACACCCGAUUCAACCAAUUCUUUUCGCUCAACUUGACACAGAGCUGGAAUACCUCAAACCCUCUCUGGACACAGAUCACUGCUGUCGGCGGCACCCCAGCUCAACUCACUACUGCCGGACAUACGAUGUCGAUAUCUCAGAGCCGGGACAGUCAAGGCUUCCUGCACGACACUGUGACCGUCUGGGAUAUGGUCAACCCUCUCACGUUUGCGGCCAGCUAUUACUUUGGGACAAAGUCGUGGCAAGAGCUGCCGGCCCUCCCGCCACCAGAGCCAGGUCCAUUACGGUUCUACCAAGCAGCAACUCACUUGAAAACAGGUCGUGUCUACAUCCCUGGAUGUGCUGGGACUAGCAUGUUAGGCUAUGACUGGUCUACAUCUACGUCCUCUGUGCUCCCUAUGCCAUACCUUGGGAAUAUCACCAGCUGGAACGGGUACAGCUUUGUGUGGAAUGCGGUGCGGGAGUCGUUCUUUUUGUUUGGUGGAGUGGGUGCUCCUUCUGAGACGUCCUAUUUGUAUGAAUACAAGAUGUCCACUACCCCUCCAACGUGGGAGUUCCUGCAAUCAUAUGGAUCCAUACCACCUCAUCUGUCAGAGAUGUGUAUGGUCUCGGUAGGAACCCUCUAUAUCCUCGAUGUCCCGACAAUGACUUGGACCCGCGGACCCAGCUCGCAGCCACGGAAGGGCAUGGCUUGUGCGGUAGCUGGCAGCAACUUUGUUGUCUGGGGUGUUUACAACAUCAACUCUGGACAAUGGACAACACAGUUUGUAGCCAGUCACCGGUACACAGAAAACGAGCCGGGACAAGCAGACUGUGACAGGAACAAUAGACACGUUAAAGCUGGGAUGAUCAUUGGUAUUGUGACAGGGGCCGCUGUAGCUGUUGCGAUUUUGAUUGCUGUCACUCGAAAGGUCUGGAAACGUGUUUCUCGUCGUGGUUUGCAAGAUCAACAGGGGCGCGAGCAGGGUCAUGGGCAGGAGCAAGGGCACGGAAAAGGAAAGGACUUGGAAGAUAAUGCAGCACCUCAUAUUUCAGACAUUCUUGGAGAUCCGGACGAUGUUCACCAGAAGGAACCCCAGACUCGACAUCACCCUCAGUUGUUCACGACCAAUACUGAUAGUAGUUAUAAUGCUCCUGAGCAGGCACCCCGCAGUCCACAGGGUUAG